CGUAACGGCGCAUGCGCAUCACUCAGCUAACCAUUUGGCUACGUGUACCCGGUGUGUGGAAGUGUUCAGGUAUCGCAUCUCUGCUGGGUAACAAGCUGCCAUUAACACCUAAAACGCAUUAAAAGAGCGGAAUUAUGGGAGGUGCGCAGAGUAUGGAGAUACCGGGAGGAGGCUCCGAGGGCUACCACGUCCUUCGGGUUCAAGAGAACUCGCCAGGACACCGCGCAGGACUGGAGCCUUUCUUUGACUUUAUUGUCUCCAUCAACAACACCAGACUGAACAAGGACAAUGACACAUUGAAAGACUUGCUGAAAGCCAGUGUGGAGAAACCAGUUAAGAUGCUAGUUUACUCCUCAAAGACCCUGGAGCUGCGGGAGUCAACAGUCACCCCCAGCAACCUGUGGGGGGGCCAGGGCUUGCUUGGCGUCUCCAUUCGUUUCUGCAGCUUUGAGGGAGCCAAUGAGAAUGUUUGGCAUGUGCUGGAAGUGGAGCCUAAUUCCCCAGCAGCCCUCGCUGGCUUGCGGCCGCACACUGACUACAUCAUUGGAGCCGACACUGUUAUGAAUGAGUCAGAGGACCUGUUCUCUCUGAUAGAGAGCCAUGAGGGGAAAGGCCUGAAGCUCUAUGUGUACAACACAGACACAGAUAACUGCAGAGAAGUGAUCAUCACACCCAACAGUGCCUGGGGAGGAGAGGGCAGCCUUGGAUGUGGGAUUGGCUAUGGAUACCUCCACAGGAUUCCCACUAGGCCUUUUGAGGAGGGGAAGAAGAUCAGCUUCCCUGGACACUGUCCCAGUGAGCCCGUCAGUCCGCUGAAGGAUGGAUUCACUGAGGUCCAGCUUUCAGCAGUGUCCCCUCCUCCUACUGCACCUGCUGUCCCCACUGGCCUUGAAGAAACACUGUCAGGCCUGUCGAUCAGCACAGCUCCACCCUCCAUGCCCAGGGAGCUGCAGACAGGUUUGCCCACAGUUCCUCUGCUCCCCUCCUCCACCAGCCUCAGCCCCGCCCUCAGCCCACUCACUCCACUGAAUCCUGCCACCACAGGCUUCAUCCCCGCCACCACGCUACCAGGUCUGAUGUCCCUCCCAGGUGGCUUACCUCCGCUCCCCAACUUGCCUAACCUCAACCUGCCACUGCCAGACCUCAGUGCCGUGUCACUAGCAGGCACCUUACCAGUAGGAACUACAGUCCCCCCUCUGGCCGCUCUCCCACACCUCAACCUCCCAGGUCUGGCCCCCUUACCCCCCCUACCCACCCUACCCAUGCUUCCGUCCCAGCUGCCUCCUCUCCUCCCUCAGGGAAUGGUCCCCCUCCUGCCCACCUCCAUCCCCGCUCCCACAGCCUCGGUCACAGUCACAGCAGCGCCUAUGGCCGAGCCCGCCGCCAACCCCACAGUCGCCACGGAAGCGGCCUCCACGAACGCCACGGAAUCACCGGCCCCCACGGAAACAACACUAACGUCGUAACAUGGGAAAGAAGAUCCCACUUGCCAUUAAACCAAAACACACACCCGGUUUCUCUCUCUCUCUCCCCCCCCCCCCCCCUCCGUCUGUCUUUCUUUCUCUGUGUUUUUCUAUUUAUUUGGCCAAGAGGACAGGCAGACAGCUGCACCAGUUCAGACACAGAGGUCGGCAUGCUCCAGGUAUGGGUGAGGAAGCUUGUGAGGAGCUUGUACAUGAAAGUCGAUGGAGAAUUAAUAGAUAUUUAGAAUGGAGGAUAUUUGAUAUUUGGAGGUCUUUAUUACCAGAUUGUCAUGGAGCUUGUCAAAGCCACUGUAUGAGGAGGACGAGGUGUACUCUUCGGUUUGUAGUUUGCUUCGCUCUUCUGCUGUUACAACAAGGCAAAGAACUAGCUUCAGACUUUUCCCUUUCUGAUCUGGCAAGCCUCUGUGUUUUACACUUAUGUUUUUUUAUAUAUGUAUAAACAGUGUAUGGGGCUGAACGAUGAAUCAAAUUGAGUGAAUUCCUUAUAUUAUAAAUGACUCAGAAUGGAACAACUAAUGACACCUAACUGGAAGCUGAGCUCGCAGUCCAGUCCAGAGGUCAUUAAACUGGUCAUACUGGAAUAAACCAGGACAAAGAUAUUAGAAGUGGGCCUACAGUAGAAAAACAUCCUUCACUGCUGCUUAAAACAUAGGUUAAAGAUAAAGGUAAAUAUGAAUUAAUGUUAUAGAUUUUUGGUCUUAACAUCCAGCCCGUAUAUAUGUAACCCUUUAUUAUGAGUUAAUUAAACCCCUGAACAAUAAGAUUAAUUUGAUUGACAUGUAUACAUUUUUGUUGAAAUUGCUGUAUGAGUGUCUCCACCCAAUGAAUGAAUCUGCAUUAUUUUGCACCACCUUUUGUGUUUUGAAAUGAUUAGUCUGUCCCUUUGUAUGUCUCCAUUUAUAUCCAGAACGACAGUAUCCAUCUCUACUACACAGGGAUGGUAAGAGCCUGAAGGCCAUGCCAGAGGAGACAGAUGUUUGCAGUUACAAGAAAUACUGAGUAGGGUGUAUGUGCUUGCUGCUGGGUGAUCAGUAGGUAGGGUGAAACAUGGGUGCAGGGGUAUUAAUUACACAGUGCGUCUCCUCCUGGCAUGGUCAAAGCAAUUUGGUAGGCAGUGAUGCAGUACAACCACAAGGUGUCACUGUAACAGAACUUGAUGAAAACAUCUACACUGUGCACAGUGUGAGCAAUAAAGCCAAAUUAAUUUUACA